AUGUGCUGCAAUCUCUCAGAUAUCGUCUAUUGGAGCAGCCGCCCCGCCGUAUGGCGGACCAGAUACAUCGCGAAUGAAUUUGAGCGCAAAUCCAACGCAGCUUCGCCCGUCAUCAAAGCGGGUGGCCUUAUAUUUCAGACCGACCAAAUGUCCAAAAGCGCAUUCAGCUCUAAUAUGGACUGCUUUCUUACAUCCUGUAGCGUGAACGACAUCACGCACAGCAGGACACGACCCACUGAUUCACUGAGGUGCGAUGCGGUGGGGUCGCGCUCGCACCCAGGUGCCUUCGCUACGUUACGCGACACGGCGCUCCGAUCUCCCCGUCGUGGCUGCAGGAGCGGAAAGCAUGUCACAGACGCGAGGGCGUUGUCGGUCCUUGCCGCUCUCAGAGCUGGUUGCGGCUGCUGGGAUCGUCGAAUGUCCGGGUCCUCGCCCUCGCCAUUUGCUGCAAGCACCAGUACCAGCACCCAGCCUUACUGCGGACUAGCGCGCUUGCGCCAACGCCAGCGCCUGCCCGUUUCCGAGAGGUGCACCCCCGUCGUCACCAAAAACACGAACUCAUCAGCUGGCCCUGCCCUGACGAACGCGAGGCAGCAUCCCUCGCCGCAUCAUGUGUAUGCUGGCACCAUGCGCUGGACCUGUACCUAUCUGCAGGGCACCGGCACCGACAUUCGCUUCGCCUACGCAGACUGCCACCCCCGCGCACCAUCGGACGCAGUGCCUCAGCCUCACCGGCACCUCAUCCAGACGCUAGGCAACACCCACUUCGCAUCUAGCGCCUCCGUGACACACAUCAUUCACGCGCGCGUCCUGUCAAAUCCAGAUGCCUGGAUUCUGGACAUCCUCAGGCUCAGAUUCCGCACAUGGCGUCGGGGUGUAGCCAGCUACACGCGCUCCGCAUACGCAGACUACCGCCGCUACGUAUACAUGUACUUCUGCUACGUGUGCGACAGGGGUGCAAGCGGCCUCCGCAUACCACACCCGCAUGAGUCUGGCGAGGACACGGUUAGCGGCGCCGACGGUCCGCCGUUCCCACAAGGCUACAAUCAUCAAGCACAGCGCCACCGCCGCAGUUAG